AUGUCCUCAAUCGGCACUAGAAAGUCUAUCAAGCGUAAAACAUCAGAUUUUGGAGGGAUUGGACACACGAGCACGAUCAAGCGGCAAGACAGGAAGACGACGCCGCCUCUAGAGAGCCCAAAUCCACCUGAAGCAGUAUUAGAGAACGAUACACACACAGACGAAGAAGACUUUGGUUCCGUCUCUCGUGCGGUAUCUGAGGUACCUACAGUGAACACGGAUGCACCAACCGAGUUUGUAGGUGAAGAAACUGAAUACGAUGGAGAAGGCAACGAAACAGUGGAUGCCAAUCGGGCUAGCUGGCCAGACCAUGAAAAUGAAACCGAAGAAGAUAAUGAUCUGGUCCUCUAUGCACCUCAGAGCUACCCCACGACUACGGCGGCAACUUUCGAGAAUGGCAUAGAUGAAUUCUCUUCAAAAUCGGAGGACUACAACGACAGUGAUGAUGAACUGCUCUCUGGACGGCGAACCCCGCGUCAGGCUGAUUUUCAGAAUGACAAGGAUGAUUCGAGCGAUGGGGAUGAGAAGAGAUCUGCCAGCGAGCUCAGCGCAGACGACGACCCCUCGAGUGACUGGCACGAGACACCAAAGAAGCAAGUCAAGAAGAAGAAAAGUCUCAUAAACUUCAACACCCCCAAACUCAUCGAGCUUCGCAACCAGCUUGGGAUCCUCCCACAUCAGAUAGACGAACGGAUGAAGAACCAUGGCAUAUACAUUGAUCGCAAGAUUCUGCACAAAAGCUUUGUGCAACAAGUCUUCGCCAAAUUCAAGAUCGAAUUGCCAGAGACGAAGACAGAUGUAGGAUCCGACCCCGACUCCAUCUUGGUGGGAGACGAGGAGCCUGAUGAGACAACCAAUCACGAAACGUUGUAUCCUACAACGGGUCUUCGUGGAUAUAUCAAGGCAUUGAUUGAACCCACUCCAGAAGAUGAUGCGAGAAGAGAGGAACUCUUAACAGACAAGGGUCUCAUAUUGAAGUGCGGAUCGAAUGGUAUUACCUACAAGACCUCGUACUAUACUCCGUCGACUGUUACCGAAUCAAUUCUCGCAUUCCUUCCGAUCAAGGCUAGUGAAUAUGACGAUAAUCUCAAGGAGCUAUUUAGACCAUUGCCGAAACGACGCAAUGACACACCGGUUCCCAGUCCUUUGUAUCCUUCCUUCUCACUGGACUUACCACCAGCGGAGCCUCAACGAAAUAUUGAGUCUUGGAUGAAGCUCAUCAAUUGCAAUGUACCAAGGGUUGUCUACUCAGACGAUUACUCGAAAUAUUUCGAUCUAGAGCCUGAAUCAAGUCAACCCGAACCGGAACCAGCAAAGCCCCCCUCGACUCCUCUUUCUACGGCUGCGGAUUACCCUGAGGAACUGGAACCGACAAAUGAUGUGCUGCCCCAUCUAACGCCACCAAAACUUGGUUGGAAGGCGCAAAGGGCUGUCAUGAAAGCCAGGCGCUCGAUGCCUGAGCCUCGCCAUGAGCCUAUUGAGGCCACGGAAUCAUCUGAUUUUGUCAAAGAAUACAUCGAGAAUCAUGGAGAUCUCUAUAUGUUCACAGAAAGUGACACCGAGUCUACCAAGCAUAAGAAGGCUUUGGCACUCCGCGAAUCUCUCACCAAAAAGGAGCAAGAGUGGAACAAAGAUUCAGAAAGAUAUCUAUUUGCCUAUUUGUAUGGUUAUGGUAGCGGUCGAUCCGCUGGUUUAGCUGGUGUCGAUCCAGGGACCAUCGAGGCGGCAAGUAAUAUGUUAUGGGGAAAUCCUACCUUUCAAGACCCAUUUUCUCUACUCGACGAGACAAAGGCAUCUGCUCCGAUUUCCAAGCUUAUUCAAUGGAGGAAAAUGGAAACCCCUGUAAUCCAGAGCGAGGCGGUAGUUGUCUCGAAGAUUACCCCAUAUACAAUGGGGUUUUUCGAUGAUCUUGAUCUGGAAGAGGAGAUGAGUGUUCCAUUGGGCACACCCACAUUCUCUCGACUGUUCGGGAGUGAUCCCGCGCCCGAUUAUGUUGUUCGUAUUCGCCAGGAAGAGCUCGGGAACUGGCCUCGUCAAUUACGACCAUGUGUAUUCGUUCAAGAGACGAAGACUAGGCCAUCACGGAUAGCUCGAGCGCAGCUUGCUAUGAGCUGCGUCACUACGUUGCUAAUAAUCACACGUAUGUUUACCUACGUCCACCAGCCAGGAUAUAAAAUGCCUGCAUGGAUGGUGAUCCAUGGAAUCGUGCAUACGCGGGAAGGUUUCACCUGGUACGCUCACUUCCCGCGCGCUGUUCCAAUCGAAUUGCAGGACGGGAAGUUUUCAUGGAAAUGGGAGUGGGUUUCUCAACUUGUUACGGACACAUUUACCCGGGUUUUCCUUGAUCACACCCCGAUUCAAGUUCGAAUGAUGGCAUAUUCCGCGUUUUUGGUCAUCCGCUCUCAUGGGCGUCAACUCGCGACGCAUCUCAAGCAUUGGAUCAAGGAGUCUGCACAAUGUGGAAAGGGAGUGAUGGAUGAUAUCAUUGCGAGUGUCUAUGACCAACUUGGAGAGCUGGAGGACAAUGCGAGCAACUUCGUAUUCGAGUAA